AUGUCUAAGCUCAACCCAAACGCCCCCGACUUUCAACCCAAUCGCCCGCCGCAAACCGCCUCACCUCAUCCAUUCCCACUCCUGCCGCCGGUAAUGUUCCAUCUUCAGAUCUUUCAUGGUUUCUACUACAAUCCAAAUCAGCAGCGAGCGUGGAGCCAAGAGAAUAUUGGUGGGCGAUACAUACAGAGAUCGACGUCCAGGCAUCAGGUUAUGCCUCUGGACGUGGAUCCGCAUGCCACAACUGUCGUGAUGAAGAACAUUCCUUACGAUUGCAAGCGCAGCGAAAUAAUUGAUGUUUUGGAUGGAUUCUGUCUGAAAGAGAACAGCCGCCCAAAAAAGGAGGGUUCUUCGCAAAGCCCCGAGGAGGAGGAGGAACCUUUGAUUUGUGCAUAUGAUUAUGUAUAUGAGCCCUUCGAUUUCAAGACCAAAAAGGGAAGAGGCUUCGCCUUCGUUAACUUCACCAACGCCGCGACUGUGAAGAAAUUCAGCAGCUCCUUUCAGGGCAAGUUCUGGAGCAAUGGCCGUGGAAACAACUGGGAGAGGCCAAUCGUGAUCGCCAAAGCGAAAGUUCAGGGGAAGGAAGCAUUGGUGGAGAAGGCGUCGCCAUCGUUGUACGACUGCGAUUCCGACGAGUUCCUGCCAGUGACGUUCGAGCCGGCGAGGGACGGGUCGGGGAAUCCGGUGGAGAUGACGGUGGUGGGGAACCGGAGGAGUAGUAGUGGCGUAGGUAGCUCGUCAUCAUCUGGAACUUGCGCGAUCUCCCACAACUGA